GGUCAACGUGGGAUAUGCGAAAAUGUGAAGUUUAUUUUGAACCUGUCUGGAAUUUGUGUCCCCCCAUAAUCAUAGAAUACAACACGACGCCGGUCAGGGGUUUGGUGAAAUCAGUUUUAUCAUGAUGCCAGGGGACAACCAGUCCAAAACGGCAACCAUCGCCGCGGACGCGAUGGUUGGAAACUGUCAAAACUGUCCUGUUCUGCACCAGAGCCUGACCGAAUAUGUGUCGUCCUUUCUGGCCCUGAAACAGAAGAUAACGGUGUCCGAUGACACGAUCCGGCUUCAGCAGCAGCUCGAGGAAGAGCAGAGCAGACGGAUGGCGCUGGAGAGGAAGACAGCGGAUUAUGAAUCUGUUCAAGCAGAACUGGAGGAAAAGAAGGGUGCUCUUGAGACCUUCAAAAGGAUGUCUGAAGAGAUGGACAAAUUGAAGCAGCAAAACAGCAAGACAAUGGCAGAGAAUAAGAAGCUUGAAGACCGGCUUAAGGAUUUGGAAGAACUGUCAGAUACACAGUCACUUGAAAACGCACAGCUGAAGAGGGAAAAGGCCGUUGUGGAAAACGAUUUGCUGAAAACACAGACGUCUUUGAGGAAAUCUCAAGCACAAGCGGAUCGGGUCGACGCGUUGAUGGAGGAGAACGCCAAGACAACAAGCAAAAAGGACAACCUUGAAAAUAAAGUUAGGCUGCUUGAAGAUUUGGUCAAUCAUAAAAUACUACAUAUCCACGACCUCCAGGUGAGACUGAUGGCACUGGAAAGAGAAAGGAAUAAAGAAUAUAGGAGCACAUCAACUCAAGCGAGUGUACCGGAGGAGCCUAAAGUUGACAAAGAAAAGUUCCAGAUGCUGCUUCAGAACUUGUGGGCAUGUGUGGAACCCCAACAGCAGCUCUCGGCCAACUGGUUGCACUUAUCCGAGUCCCGGUCCAAACAAGUUCUACCCUGCUCCCCGCAGAACAGGCCACGCCCUCAUCUGAAUGACGCACUCCAGUCUGCUCCCUACAAGGCUUGUGAAUCCCCCAGUUACCACGUGAAAACAAGUGACACUUUUACACAGUUAAAACCCUCUCCGCGUCGGCGGAAAGCGUCUCGCCAGUCGACGGGUGCCAUGAAGCAAACGGACGCUCGCGAAGAGAGAACGCGGUUGGCCAAGGAAAACCAACCUGAGGAGGAGUCUGCUGACCGGGACGGCUUCGAUGAAUCUGUUGAGGCGAUACUGGCAUUGUUCAAACGAAUGCUUCCCUGCAUAUCACCGCUGCCAGAUGUGGACACAGAGAUGGAAUCGAUGGAGACAGCUGAUUGCGAAAAGGAAAACCAUCCCGAAAUCUCUAACGACGAUGCUCUUCACCCCCGAGAAGAGCUCAUCGCGACAUCAGUAACGAGCCACGGUCCGAACCCAUCUGCACACGCUCCCAAUGAAAAUGACUCCAAAGGCUCGGCACAAAAUGAGUUGAGCGUCGUUUUGGAAACGAAGGGCAAAAGUGGCUCAGGUGGUGAGGAAACGCCUCUUCAAGAACACGUGCCGAUCGAGCAGGAGCCAGCAGCUGUGCAGUUAGCGUCCACGUCAGACAUUACGCUUUUGGUUGAGGUUGUCUCCUUAACUUCUGAAAGUCCAGAGCCAUCCUGCAGUGCAAGUCACGGCAGCGGCGGUGCCGCGAGCGCAUCUCAAUUGGAAAAUGCUUUCGGAGAGGCAAAGGAGGAUCGGUCCGGGACUAUUACGGAGAUGGAUGUCGACAAAAGCCCCAGUGAUGUUACUCGUGCUGAACCAGUCACUCCCGAUGGUGGAGAGUCCCCUCGGAGGAGUGAUACAACUGCACUCUCUGCAGAAACGGGAAAUGUGCAGUUAGUUUCUUCCUCAACAUGCAUGGACAUGGAGGCUACAAAUACAGAAAAUGGUCCAGAAGUGGGGGGAAGUAGUCAGGACCAUUGUGGUCUGGGACAGGACAGUCAAGAUACCACCGUCUUUGAAACCCAGGAGAACGAAAGCCAAAGUCUUGACAAGGAAACAGAGGCACCAGACAAUAACCCCUGUUUGUCAACCAGUGGCGAUGGCGUUGUUAGUGUCUCCAAUGGGAAUGUGGAAGAAAGGCUUGAAAGUGAUGCAUCCACAGAACCUCUUGGGGAGGAAGUUGGGAACAUAGCAAAAGGAGCUGAAGUGGUUGGUGUAGCAGCUUCUCCCUCAGAGUCAAAUGGUGAUAAAAGACCUCCGUCUCCGAGCGAGUCUCCACUGUUGAAGCUAGAGGACGGUGAGCCCCACGCCGACCGUGAAUCUGCUCAUGCAAAUGUUGAAACGCCUUCGAAAAAGGAUGUUGACACGGAGACAUUGAACAGUGAAAUGCUAGCAGAUCCUGGGUCUCCCCUCUCCGAGACCGUCGAAUGUGAAUCUCUGAAGGAAAGCAUACACUUGGCAUGCAGGCAGCUGAGUCCUUUACGUCUGCUACCCACUUUGGCAUUGCAGGCUUUGUCCAAUUUGGAGGAAGACGCAGUCAUUAAAAAGGCCAUUGCCAAAGACCUGCUUCAGGAGAGCAUAGAAGUCAAAUAUAACUUGCGCUCUGUCAGGUCCGCCACCUCAUUGAGGAGCGCUGUAGCCACAAAUGGACAAAAUGAAUGUUUGGAGUCGUCUAUCAAAGUGCCUGAAAAAGCGAGCCCUCGUGUGAUCGGCGAGGAAAAAGCGAGCCCCGUGACUCGUUCAACCGCAGCUCGGCCACCAGAGUGCAUCGGCCAAGUUCGCUCUGAAAUGGGCCCGCCACUUCCUCGUCUCCUCACCCCCCUGACUACGCCUCCAAAAGCGGGCAAAUCAAUCAACCCAAGGCAGGCUAUUGGGAAACUCUCUUUUCCCUCGCCCAUGGAUCGGUUGGCUUCGCCUACCACUCCUGUCCAGGCCCACUUGACCCCCACAAGCCAGCAACUGGGUUCCUCAUCUUUAAACAGUCCACUCCAUUCGAACGGAGUCCCGUCAUCACCGCUUCAGUUCGGCUCCGCCACCCCAAAACACGCCGUGCCCGUUCCGGGCCGCUUGCCCUUGACGGCAAUGAAUUCUUCCCCGUCGUCCUCCUCCAGUCCGUCGCAGGAAAACUCCAUGAGGAUCCUCGACACCAUGUACCCCGAGCUCUCGGCCCACGGCCGAACUCUGAGCAUUCUCAGAGGCAACGUCGGUCUCGGCAUGUGUUCCUCCGAGAGCGGAACGUCCCCGACAUCGACCGACAGCCAGGUGUCUUGCUUUAACUCCACUUCAACGGCCUUCACCAAGACGGAGACGAGAGGAGCGAAGAGACAGGCCCCUUAUCUGACGCAACCUAAAAGCAGCAAAUGUCUCCGGCUAGAUAACUGCUCCCCCGCUGUCAGUCGCAAGCAGGUGCCUUCCUCCCCUUCGUCGAACAGCGGCGAGGACGCCACCUCGCCCCAGACUCCGAGCGCCACGUCGCUCAAAGAUGAGACGACCUCUGCACCGACUACGAAGGUUGCAGGGCCUACGGAGCAAAACCUUGUACUGAACUAUUUCAAGCAGAUCGAAAGCCAGGCGUUUGAUCUGUUGCCCGUGAUCCAGAGCCACCUGUAUGUUGGUAACCUGCCCAAAAAGCCCGUCUUGAGGGACGAGGAGAAGAAGGUCAUCUCUGAGAUUUGCCGCUUCAGAUCGCUUGAGGCAGAUUAUAUGGCGUUGCCCAUCCUGAACAAGCUGAAAGCGGAGAAAAGAGAUCUGAGCAGAAACCACAUGCAGGCCCUCUGCAGAGUGUACACGGGGAUCUGUAGACAGAGGAGAGACUGGGAGAAGGCUCACAUCCUGGCCUACAGCCUCCUCACUGAAGAUUUCCCAGACUCUGCGACGCUGGUUUUGUUCAUAGUGACGACAUGGCCCCAUGUUCUCUCACACAGUAGUUCUCUGUGCCAGGCAAUACACACAGUCACCAAGCUGAACGCACAAGAAAACGUCCUCGGCUGCCUUUCAGCAUUCCUUGGAUGGGAGAAGAGUCCUCCCUGUAACAUCGACAUGCUGAUCUCCAGGACACUCUCGGAUAUUCGGUCCGGGUCAAGCCUGUCUUUCUCGACACAUCCUUGCUACGGCCAUGACCUCGGAAGUGAGGCGUGGCAGAAUAUCUUCACGCUGCAACUCCUCUGUGCACACAAGAGGUGGAAGUGGACCUAUGAUAACAUAUUAGGCCAGGAGUUGUGGCCAUUGAUGAACACUUGGGUGAGCCAGCCCAGAGGGCAACAAACACCCGUCUCUGAUGUGGGCGUCGCCACCGUACUCCGACUCAUAGGAUACCUCUGUCAACUGGGACUCAAAGAGAGGUGCGUUUCCUCGGUGGUAACUGUCGCCAACGUCAUCAACACGUUCGGUAGGCACGGACAGGCUGAAGGUGUGCCAUGGGAGGUCCAGUUAGCCGCCAUCUACUGCAUCUACGACCUGUCUCCCUGCAAUCCCAAACAAGCCCUGGAAGCCAUGGCGGAGUGGAGAGGAGAAACGUCUCGGAGCGUCCCUCCUGCAGUUACCAGCUGCAUUAACCAGUUAGGUUCGGUCUGCAGACAACGUCACGAGCUGAGAGACACGCAGCACUAAUCCACAUGAACACGCGUGUGAGUCUGUUCCGAUAUCAAAGACAGGGGGAAAUCAACAGCCAAUGACUGUUUGGGCACAUUACAAAUGGGUUGUGUUCUCUUCCUUAAGACAGUGACUGGAGGUUCAUUAAGUCUUGAGUUGACAUGUGCUGGCAAAGACGGUUUAAGACAGGUUUUUUUUGUUACGUGCACUUCUACUUUAUAAUAAUACAUUAUUUAAAUGUGAUCUGAUUUUGUAGCAAAUUUGUCCUACUUUUUUAUUGUUGGAGACAUGUAAAAUUGAUUUUUCUAACAUUUUAGCUGUCCACAACCCUGUUGUAAAGGUACCGGCAUGACUCCCUGCCUUUGUUGCUGUUGCUGUACUCGGGUAAUGUUCUAAAGUAUUGUAAAAUAUCGUCGGCCCGUGUGUUCUGGUAUAAUUGUGGCACUGCUGUAUAUGUUUCUUCAUUUGUGUGUUUGUAAAUACGAACUAUUGCUGUUUGUGGCAAUCUUAUUUUUCAUUCAUACAGUCAAUGCGUUGUACAGUUUAACAUGUCAGAGGUUAUUUAACUUUUUCAAAUAAAAAUUUCUACAUAUUGA